AUGCCCAAGCACAGACAACGACACAGCGACUCGCACCAGCUGCAACUGGCUCGGCGCUUCUUGCAGCUAGAUGCUGACAUCCGCCUCGCAGCAGCCGCAGACGGCCUGUUCCCGUUCCAGAAAGAGCGGCCCGAGUCUCCUGCGCAGGUAUAUCCGUACGACGCUCAACUGCAACAUCCGAAGCCCAAGCUCGCAAGCGGUGCUAUACAGAUCCGGCAACUGGAACAUAUGAGAGAUGAGCAGGUUGCAAAGGCCAAACCCUCGCUCAAAACACGCAGCGUGUCCGACCCGGGAGAUGCUCACCGCCUCAUCUCACGCUUUGUGCCCCGCCCCGAACAAAAGUCUCGCUCAUGA